UCAUCUGACAGCUGGCAACCAUUCUAAAGGGGAUGACUGAAUAUAAACUCAGAAAAAAAAGAAAAGGCUCCACCUGGAUGGUUGUACUCUGACCUCACCUGGCUUACCUCUAAGGCAAAACCAGCCUUUCGCUGGCAACACACCUGCAGAGCUCUGCAAUGCAUGAGGGAGUUUACACUGGAAGGGAUUACCAAAAAAAGACUCACAAGGUGCAAGGACUGGCAACACUCACCUAAGCAGCAGCAUAAAUAAAGGGCUGUGCAAUGAAGUCUUCUCUGUAACAGUUGAACAAGCCCCGUCAUGUCAAGGAAGAGUUUGUCAGGGUGUGCAGGUUGACGCUGCCUAGUUUCGUGACAGAGACCUGUGUACAUGUGUGGGAUUCAAAUAUCCUGUAUUUGCUCGGCAAGAAAGAUGGCAUUACGCUUUUAAGCCUCACUACCUCCUGUUGAACAAAGGAGGAAAUACAAAAAGAUUCAAUCCACCACGUACCACUUAAGUCUAUCUCAACCAGAUCUUCCAAGAUGCCACUCAGAACGACGUCAUACAGAAAGCCAUCCUCUGGUCGUUGGCUCAGCAGGAAGCGCAGGGACGUGCUGUCUGUCAACAUGAUCAGCCUACCACUGGCUGAUUUCCGCCACAUCUCACAUAUUGGCAAUGACGCCCAUACAGACAGUUUCGGUGACCUGUCCUUCCUAAAAAUGGGCCACAGUCUGCUCCUACAAAGCUCCCAGAGCGAGCAAAAUCUCUUCCUGGCCUGCUCGCCGCCACCCAAGCCCCCGCGCCUCAACCUGGAUGAGGCAGAGGGUUCGGAGAGCCCCAACUGGCAUGUAAGCCAACAGCAUUCUUCUGGGCCCCAGAAGAGACAGAAAUGCAGCUCUUUGCCACUUCUGGACAUGGAAGGAGAUGGAGAGAUGGGAAUGGAGGAUGGGUACCAAAGAGAGAAUAAUGUUGCUUCCAGUCAGACCCACAGGCCUGGAUGGGGCAGCCUGAGUUCAGACAAGGAUGAAGACUCCACAGACACCUGUGACAAAACUGCUGGACAGCAAAAGGAUGAGGACACUGGCUUUUCCUUUAGCCUCGACCUGGGCCCUUCAAUACUGGAUGAUGUUCUCCAGGUGAUGGACAAACAGCACAACUAGACAAGACAGUAGCCGAAUGUCACAGGAGGGCUUUACUAAAAGUUUGGAACACGGACAGAGAUCCAACUAGAGCUGUUCUGUGACACACACUUCUGAUUUUACGGAAAAAUCAAUAUCCCGAUGUGUUCAAAUAAACUGGAAAUAUCUGAUUUUAUCAUCCCUGGGUACCAAGUAGAGACAUACGACCUAUGGAGAGAACUUUUAAUGGUUGUUAACAACUACACUGAAAAGACUGAUACACAGGAUAACAAAUUGUGUCUUUUUCAGUAACACAAUAACACAUUUCCUCUUUAAUCAGACAUCACAGAAAGCACCAGAUAUUGUGUGUACAGCACACCGUGGUCCGUAAUCACAUGGAACAUAACCUUGUUUCAAAGGUGAAACUAAGAAAAGACACCUUCACAAAGUUAAUGUUCACCUAAGACUAAAUGCUUGCAGAGGUGAAUAAAAUGUUUAAGUUAAUAAUUAAACUCUGUCCGAUGUCAAACUCCAUGCUGGACAUUUUUACCUUCUUUUCCUUCUCUCCUUUGCUAUUGAAAUCUCCCAAACCACACGGCACAGCACUGAAGACGGCUGUUAAGACUUAAGAGUGUUGUGUUUAAGAAAAGAAAAGCUGCGGCUGGAAUCCAAGGUCCUCGAGCUGUGAUGUCUUGACUCUUGGCGUGCUUGCCAAUCUAUUGUGUGCGGAGGGCAAUUUUUCCUCUGCACGCAUCCCAGAGGCCCCACUCAAAGGUAGACCAAGGUACCCCCCAUCUCUCAUUCCCAACAAUGCAGUGAAAACAAACACUUAGCUCUGUUUCCAAUAAAAGCCAGCCAGUAGUGGCAGGUUGGGCUACAGACCAAUCCAGGCCACAGGUCCAAGACCUCAGAAGAAAAAAAAAGCCAGAGUAGGGUGUUUUCUUAGCUGCAAAUCAGAGUCCGAUGCUCUGGUGAGUGGCACACGAGAAGGAAAGUGGUAAAGGGUAACGCGAUACUUCCACAUAUGCAGGGGGUGUCGAGGGAGGAGGACCAGAGACAUUCAUUACUGCAGCAAAAGUCUUGAUGAGGGUUUAAACACUACCUUCUGACCAAACAGACCUCCUCCCCGACACGUGAAAAAUAUGUGCUUGUGUCUAACAUACACUGGCACAGAAGUGAAGGGAAACACACACGCAUGCACAUGGAAGCACGCAUGGUCAAACGGAGAUCUGUGCAGACAAUCAAGGUAUACUUUCCUCAGGUCUGGAGAGGAGAGAGUCAGGGCAGAGCCUCAGUCUGGGCCUUAGCGAGGGGUUGCCAGGAAAGGCUGUGGUGCAAACCCAGAACCAGUCAAAUUCCUAAGUUCCCCACGGGUCAUGCUGCAGAAUUUAAGGACCACAAAUGUUGCGCUUCUAGCAACAGAUUUAGAAUUCUAUGUAUGUCCAAACAGAAACAGCAAUGUUUGUGGGUAUGUCUGCACUGUACGUCUGUUCUGGCAUCUCUCAUUUUAAAGUGGAUAUCACUGCCCCCCUUUUCUUGUAUAUGUUAUGACAACAACACAUUCUGAAACAUUUGUUUGCAUUGAAAAAUGUACUACUUUGUAUUUUGGUGAAGUAAAGAAAAAAAAAAGCAUCUUUCAAAUUCCGCAA